AUACUUAGUCCAAUUUCUUUCUCGGUUUUGAAUAAUCAAUAUUUUUAAGUACUGAAAAUGAGUAUCAGUUUUUCUUAGCAAAAAUGGGUAGAUGCACAGCAUUUUUCUGUAAUAAUUCGUCAAUAAAAGGGUUAAUGAAAAUAUAUUUCCAAAGAAUAUGUAAUAAAAAUAUAUUCCCAAGAAAUCCACAACGUCGAGCCAAAUGAAUUGAAAAUAUGGAAUGAUAAUUAGAUACCCACAAACUAUAGUAAUUUAAACAAAGUAAAAUUAUUUAAUAUGUGGCGGACUCGUGGCUGACGGUGCGGCAGCCAGCCAUCACUACUAAUGACCGCGCGAUGAAAUUAUUGGCGAUGUGAAACUGAAGGAUCCGAAGGCCUCUAUCUUUAACCUGGAGGCCGAUCCUACGUAGAAUCUGUCUUCACCAAGGAUCUUAUCAAGGAGAAGAGCCAGCAGAAUGAUCUGGGGCACACAGAUGGAACCACAACCGUUGCGACUAUCAUCAUCUAGGUUGCCCCGAAGAAAACGUCCACGUCGGUACCGACAGUACCCGCAAGGCGAUCUUUAUCCGUUCUUCUAAGAACAAGAACUAGCUACACACUAACAACGGCUAAAUUGGUAACCCCGACGCGUCUACACAGAUUUCUGUUAUGACCAACACAAAAAAUCUUCGUUGUACAUCCACAACUUAAAGAUUUCCGACGUGAUCUGAGAUAAGCAACGACGAGAAUCAAUCAUGGAGACAGGAGAAAACAUUGGUUGCAUCGUCAUAAAGACACCACCAUUUUGGCCAAAAGAAUCUAUGGUUCACGCAAAUUGAAAGCAAAUUCGUCUUGGGUUGAGUGACACAGGAUUCUACUAAAUAUUAUGUCUUGUCAGCUGGAAGUCAAGUACGCCAAAGAAAUAAAAGACGUUGACCAACUCUCUCCGGAGAGAAGCAAGUACCAAGCAUGCCUUAAUACGACUAUCUGCUUCGCAAGAACAGCGCAGACAACUCCUAGAACACGAGAAAUUAGAGGACAGAAAACCUUCCUGCGUUAUCUUCAACCACUUACAGGCACCAUAGUUUUGAAUCAACUCCUUCGAAUACUGUGGUUAGGUCGAUUCCCUGCACAAAUGCAAGUCAUUUUGGCAACGCAGAUGGAAAACAGACUCGAGAAAGUAGCCGAGCAAGCGGACAAGAUACUCGAGGUCACUUGCAGAGUUGUAUAGCCUCUGCAAGUACAGCUGCCACGUCAGUCGCCAAGGGUACUACAAGCGCAGUCGGAGUCGAAGCAAGAACAAAAGCGAAUGCCAAAGAAAACAGGAUAUCUGCUACUAUCACCGACAAUUCAAGGCAGAGGCUAAGAAAUGCAGCAAGCCCUGCAGUUUUGAGUCAGAAAACGGUCGACGUAAUUCAACCUAUAAUCGGAUCAGAUUUUCUUACGCACUACCAUUUACUACCAGAGGUAAGAAAAAAACGUCUAAUAGAUGGCAAAAUAGAUGGCAAAAUAGAUGGCAAAAUAGACUUAUUUGCUACAGGCGCACUUACUACACAGACGAUAAAGUCUAUAAAAGCUAUAAAAAAAGAAUCGACAUAUCAUGACGUGUUAGUAGAAUUUUCGGCAGUCACAACGCCGUCUCGUACGACAAAAACAGUAAAGCACAUCACAGUGCACCAUAUUAAAAUCGCUCAAGGUCCCCCUGAGGCAUGCCGCCCACACCGAUUGGCACCUGAUAAACUCCAAGUAACCAAAAUGGAAUUUAACCUACAAAAAGAUAUUAUGUAAUCUUUGAAGAGUCCAUGGUCCACAAGAAAGGAGGCACAUGGAGACCAUGUGAAGACUCGCAU